AUGGGGCAGGUUACGUUCAUGGAAGGGAAGAAUCCCGAGGCUCACUACCCCGAGUCGAGGGUGCUCAUCAUCAUGACAGGCGGUACAAUAUGCAUGCAACCGUCUGCAGAUGGUCUGGUUCCCAUGACAGGAUUCUUGGAGAACGCUAUGGCCCCUCGCCCUUCGUUCAACGAUCAUACCGCUCCGAAUGUUCAGCUUCGAGCAUACAAGAACGGGGUCAAGUUGACGUUGGACAGCCUGAGAACACCAGUCAGCGCAUAUUCUCGUCAUAUCCGAUAUGGCAUCCUCGAGUUUACUCCAUUGCUUGACUCAAGCUCCAUUUCUUCCAUAGGAUGGACCGAGAUCGCACUUACCAUCAAGGAGAACUAUCACUUGUUCGACGGCUUUGUGGUAUUGCACGGAACCGAUUCCCUGGCGUACACCGCCUCAGCCCUUUCCUUCAUGAUGUCGGAUCUGGGAAAGCCAGUCAUUCUGACAGGAUCGCAAGCCUCCAUCUUUGCCCUCCAAUCUGACGCAGUCGACAACCUCCUCGGCUCGCUCAUCAUUGCGGGGACGUUUGUUAUCCCCGAGAUCUGCCUAUUCUUUCAUCACACCUUGUACCGCGGCAACAGGACGACCAAGGUAUCGGCUUCUUCCUUCGAGGCAUUCGCCAGUCCUAACUGCGAUCCGUUGGCCAAGGUCACAAGCUUAGGGGUGGAUGUUCACUGGGCGUUGAUACGACGGCCCACUCGAAUUGCCGAAUUUCAAGUGACAAAAUACCUCGACACUGCACAUGUGGCCUGUCUGCGUAUCUUUCCCGGAAUCAAACCGGAGAUGGUCGAUUCCGUUCUUCGAGUUCCAAACCUCCGUGGUUUGAUUCUUGAGACGUUCGGCAUGGGCAACGCACCGGGCGGCGUUGAUGGCAGUUUGACCAAGGUUAUCAAGGAAGCAAUCGACCGUGGCAUUGUUAUUGUCAACGUGAGCCAGUGCACAAACGGCUUCGUUUCGCCACUCUAUGCGCCCGGAACCGUACUAGGCAGAGCAGGCGUGGUAUUUGGCCAUGAUUUAACUACCGAGGCGGCUCUGACGAAGCUAUCAUACCUUCUGGCACUGCCAGACCCCACCUACUCUGAGGUCACGGCACAGAUGUCGCACUCGCUACGGGGGGAGAUGACCGAAAUGGCAUUGCCCUCUUUCUCACACCCUGCAGGAAGCAUUGAUUCGGCUAUGGCACGGUUGCCUGCUGCAGACGCCGCUUUCACGGCUCUUGGCUACGCCAUACGCAGCGGCGAGGUUCGGACUGUUCGCGAAAUCCUCGAGGGUGACGAGUUUAACCAUCAGCUACUUAAGAGGGCUGAUUAUGUCGGCAACACCCCUGUGCAUCUUGCUGCAGUUGGGCCCAAUCCAGAUAUUCUUCUUGAGUUGCUGACUCGUGGUGCUAGUGUACAUCCACGUAAUCAUGCAAACCACACACCUCUUUAUCUUGCAGAGAAGAUGGGUAACAUGGAGACUGUAAAGUUGCUCAGGGAGGCUGGUGCGCACUUGUGGAGGACAGAGCCGCAUUCAGGCAACGCAUCCGAAGCAGGGGACCUGGCGAGUACGACGGAUGUUGCUUCAGUUGGUGCCGCAGAAGAUGAGAAAGAUGUGGGGGUCCUUGCUGAACGUGAGUCUGACGAAAAGGAGCAGAAGACAAGUGAUCAGGUGGCAGAUACGGUGGCCCCUCGGCGCGGAUCGGAUAAGAGUAGUCUGGUUACAGACGAGUCUUUGGUCCAUGGGCUGAAGAAAGUGGAUAUUGGCAAGUUUGUCAAUUAG